AUGAAGCAAAUCAUGCGCAAGAGAUUUGUUCCUUCUCACUAUCAUCGUGAUUUAUUCCAGAAAUUGCAAUCGAUAAAACAGGGAAAUAGGAGUGUAGAAGACUACUACAAGGAGAUAGAGAACUAUAUUGAGUUGGAGGACAUGGGGCAUAUGGCGAUUAAAGUUGAAAGACAGCAACGUAGAAAGUCUUCUAAUAGAGGAAGUAAACACCAUUCCAAAUCAAAGAAAAGGGUGAAACGAGCAAACCCAAGGCUCCAGUUGUUGAUGUUGGGCGUGGGAAACAACAAAUGCAACCAGAACGUUCGAGAGACAUUUUAUGCUUUAAGUGCCUUGACAUUUGCAACCGGUAAAGCACUUGUUAUCAAGAGAAGUUUGAACACUCAACCGACUCAAGAAGAACAGCAGCGAGAGAACAUCUUUCAUACAAGAUGUCUCGUCAAUGACAAGGAUUAUGUGGAUGUUUUUAAUGAGGCCAUUAAAGGUUUACCACAUUUACGUGGGAUAAAACACUUCCAUUGGCCACAUAUGACGAAGGAUGUCAAAAAGGUUCCUGAAAGACCGAAUGAUAGCUUUCAACUUCAAUACCUUUUCGAUGAAAGACGCUUUCAUAUGAUCAACAUAGGCAAAGAUGAAAUCCCACUACAUAAGCCCGAAGGUAAACGAGAUUCGGCUGUUUGGAGUUUCAAGAUGUGUUUCCGGAUGAAACACCCAAAGGUUUACCCCCCUCUUCGUGGCAUUGAGCACCAGAUUGAUUUCAUUCCUGGAGCCACGAUUCCAAAUAGACCAGCCUAUCGAAGUAACCCUGAAGAGACAAAGGAACUUCAAAGACAGAUUUCAGAGUUGUUGGAUAAAGGUUACAUUCGAGAGAGUUUAAGCCCAUGUGUCGUACCAGUGCUGUUGGUACCUAAGAAAGAUGGGACUUGGAGGAUGUGUGUUGAUUGUCGAGCAGUAAAUCAAAUCACAAUCAAGUAUCGACACCCCAUUCCUCAACUCGAUGACAUGCUGGAUGAAUUAUGUGGAGCGACUAUCUUCUCCAAAAUUGAUUUGAAGAGUGGAUAUCACCAGAUUCACAUGAAAGAAGUCGACGAGUGGAAGACAGCUUUUAAAACAAAGCUAGGCAAAUUUUGUGUUGUAUACUUUGAUGAGAUACUAAUUUAUAGCAAGACUUUGCAGGAUCAUAUAGAACAUUUACGAGCUAUUUUGCAGACUUUUUCUCAGGGAGUUGAGGUUGAUCCUGAGAAGAUAAAGGCGAUUCAAGAUUGGCCACGGUCGACAUCAAUUAGUCAGGAAAAGAGGCCCGUUGCAUAUUUCAGUGAGAAACUUAGCGGAGCAACGUUGAAUUAUCCCAUCUAUGACAAGGAAAUGUAUGCACUGAUCCGGGCUUUGGAGACGUGGCAGCAUUAUUUGUUGCCUAAAGAGUUUGUCAUCCACACUGACCAUGAUUCUUUGCGAGAUAAGUAUAAUGCUUGUGAGAAAGGACCAGAUGGAAAAUUCUACAGGCAUGAUGGAUAUCUUUUCAAAGAAAACAGGAUAUGCAUUCCACAGGGUUCAAUGCAUGAUAUACUAAUCCGUGAAGCACAUAAAGGUGGAUUGAUGGGUCAUUUUGGGGUUACUAAAAUGUUACACACCUUAAAAGAGCAUCUUUUUUGGCCUAAGAUGCGCAGGGACAUUGAAAGGUAUUGUGAACGUUGUGUGACUUGUCGGAAAGCAAAAUCGAAGGUUUCACCACAUGGUUCAUGA